GCUUGGUUUUGAUUGUUGACGUUCUGCUACAACGGGUAACCUACUAGAAAGGAAUUCGGUCAUUGUUUCAUUCAUUGAUAUCUUUACGCUUCAUCAGAUUUCAAAGAUUAAAUAGGCAGUCUUAAAUGUUCCACAUUGCUCGUGUCGUUACAUGUGAUCAUCCUAGGCAAUCAAUAAACACAUUAUUGGUCAUCUCAUAGAGUCAGCGGUCAGCGAUGACUUCGGACAAUAGCCAAUCAGUCAGUCCCAGCAUGGACCUACUGUGGACGUGAGUAAUUUUCGUUUGUACAAGCAUUGUUUUGAAUGGUGUGGUUCUCGUCACCUAUAAACCAUCCAGAUCUUAAGUCUGCAUAGGGAGAACUAGAGAUUGAUUUGAACAAGAAUCAGAGCCAGCAUUCAUUACAGACAUCAUGGCUGUAAAGAUUCUUUAUCCGAACUCAAGGAUACUUUUCGCUCUGAUGUGUUUCUGGGGAGUAGCUAAUUUUAACACACUCCGUAUCAACCCGAGUGUCGCCAUCACCGCUAUGGCAGCAUCCAAUCACGGUUCAAGCAACUCGACAAGUGACCACAAUGAGACCAAUCACGGAUGUUUGAACCGAAAUGAAGACGCAGAAGGAAAUCACACAGAUAACAUUACGCCUGAAUUUUCUUGGAGCAGUCAAACACAAGAGCUUCUCCUCUCUGCAUUCUUCAUCGGGCUACCCAUAACCCAACUCCCAGGCGGCUGGAUCGCCGACAGAGUAGGCGGGAAAUGGGUCGUAGCGACCGGAGCUGCGAUGACUGCCAUUAUGAACAUUCUUGUACCGGUAGCGGCCCGAACUGGAGCAUCAUAUUUCUUCGUAGUCAGGUUAUUAGCUGGGAUAUUCGAGGGUGCUGUAGUACCGGCCAUGUUCAGACUGAUCAGCAACUGGACUACAAACAAGACCAAGACUAGGGUCACAUCGUUUGCAAUGGCAGGUAAUCCAUUUGGGCUGGCGAUAGGACAGAUUGUAUCAGGUUUUAUCUGCUCUACCCCUCAGCUUGGAUGGCCUUUCUCAUUCUACAUCUUAGGUUCCAGUUAUCUUACUUGGGCCAUCCUAUGGGUUCUUAUAAUACGAGAGAGUCCGAUUAAAACAAAGGAAAAUUUAGAGGUUGGAGGCCAGUCAGAGAAGAAAGAGAGCGAAAAGGACAGUCAGAUUACAAAGCCUCCCGCCACUGUGCCCGUCCGUGACCUGCUGACGUCACUUCCUGUAUAUUCAUUUAUUCUGAUCCGGUUUGGUAUACAAGGUUGGGUUGUAGGUACUCUUCUUACCAACCUACCUAUCUAUAUGAAAUACGUCCUUGGAUUCUCCAUUAGAGAGAUUGGAUUACUAGCGUCAAUACCAUAUGUUUGUCAGACGAUAAUAUCGAUGAUGACGUCACAGGUGGCUGACUCUUUGAUUGGUCGAAAUAUUAGCGUUACGCUUAUUCGCAAGGCAAUGAUGUGUUUUGGUGUUGUGAUCAUCGUUGCAACACUCCUUCCGGUUUCUUUCAUCGGUUGCAAUCGGUUCCUCGGUUUGGGUUUGAUCGUAGUAGCGGCCACGGGAACCGGAAUCACCUAUCCGUCAAUAUUCUCUAACGCAGUAGACUUGGCACCCCGGUUUUCGGGUACGCUGAUGGGUCUUGCAAAUACCGUCGCACUAUCCGCCAGCUUUAUAUCACCAAUAGUAACUGGAUAUUUAGUAACGGACCAGUCUGACCCGGAGCAAUGGAGAGAUGUCUUCUAUAUCGCAUCAGGGAUCGCAGUCUUUGUCACCAUCUUCUUUCAAAUAUUCGGAUCUGGAGAGGAACAAGCCUGGGCCAAAGACCACGAGAAAGAAGAUGAAAAAUAUACGGAUAAAUGUAUUCAUGUCAGCCAUAUAAGCACCAAUGCAGUUUCCUAUGUGGUCCCUACCAAAAAUGAUUACCAGAAAGAAGGUUUAGAAGAAGGAUGCCAUUCGAACCCUUCGCUUGAUGUAGGCCUAGAUUUGUGAGGUUAACGUUAAUUGGUCCAGCAUAGUAACCCAUCUUAGCAGAGAGCUUCGGAGGAAGAAACUCCCUGAUCCUACACAGCAAAAACUGUGGUGUUAACCGGUGUACAAUAGAGGACCACACCAGCUAUUUUACACCGGUGUUAAAUU